ACUGUCAAAUCUUUGGAUUACGUCUGCCUGCCGUCAGCUCGAGUUUGUUGGCAAGUAUAUAUCAAAGUUUUUCAAAAAAUUAGGAUAAUCGACAACUUUUAUGGGUAAAUAAGACUAGUGAACACUUUGCUAGCAUGUCCUCCGCUGAAGCUAAACUAGAGCUCUACGAUGAUUACGCUUCGGCGACUGAAUCGAUGGAGGGCCAAAUGGCCAUUCCCAGCACCAGUCGAAAUACCACAGAUCCCGGUGCACCCAACUUCAGUACGCUGGACGAACCGAUUAAAGAUACAUUCCUCCGUGACGUGAAAGCGGUCGGCGUAAAGUUCUACCACGUUCUAAUACCGAAGCAGAAAAACACCCUCCUGCGGGAUUGGGACCUUUGGGGUCCGCUCAUUCUGUGCACCUUCAUGGCUACAAUACUGCAGGGUUCGGCAGACAACAUGAACGACGGUGGACCGGAGUUUGCGCAGGUUUUCGUAAUCGUCUGGAUCGGAGCGAUGAUUGUGACACUGAACUCGAAACUGCUGGGUGGAAAUAUAUCAUUCUUCCAGUCGGUUUGUGUUCUGGGCUACUGUCUGAUGCCCUGUGCAAUGGCACUGAUAGUGUGCCGGAUUAUUCUAGUGGCAGAGCAGACCGCUUUUCUCUUCUUUCUGCGGCUGCUGAUUUCAGCACUCGGUUUCGGUUGGGCUACGUAUGCAUCUAUUAUCUUUCUCGGAGAAAGUCAACCAGUCAACCGGAAAGCGUUGGCCGUUUACCCGAUAUUUUUAUUUUAUUUUAUAGUAUCCUGGCUGGUCGUUUCCCAUAGCAAUGUGUAAGGGUCAAGUUGGCAUUAGGCGUGUGUCCAACUGGGAAACGAAGUGAUGAGAAGUGAUUCUACUAACUAGUUUACUAAGGGACGUGUAUAUAUAUUAGUGCAAAGCUACGAUAUUAGUUUAUUUUGUGUCAGCAAACAAUUCUUUUGUACAAUAAUUUCUCUUCACUAAAACAUUCAAUGUAAUAAACGAAUUAAGUUCUAAAAUGCA